AUCGUGAAAAAUUAAUCUGUCAAAAUAAAAUUAUAAGUUAAAUAAUUAAACAUAAGUGGCAAUAUCAUUCGUGACAAGAUUUUAUCAAUACAAACGAUACCUAUCGAAAUUUUCGAGUCAGACUGAGUCACUUUGUGAACUUUAUCGUAUUAAGAUAUCAUAUUAAGAUGGUUAAAUAAGGAAGAACAUCGUUUCAAUACGAACGAUAAACUUGUAACAAUUGAGCAAUUUUACUAAAGGAUAUGGGUGUUCUCUAUUAUUACUUAACAUGGAUCGAAAGCAUCGAGAAAUAUUAGACUCGUGUUACGAGGAUAUUGUACCUAAAAUAAAUAUAAUCAAAUUAUGGCCAAAACUGUUUGAAAAUAAAGUUUUUAAUAGAGAUGACGUGAAUAUUUCGCGUUGGAUAAAAGACAUCACAAAUGAAACAACAGUACACGAAAUAUAUUUGACGAUAAAAACACGAGGACCACUUGCGUUUGUUCGUUUUCUUCAAAGCCUAAGACAAAGUAACCAUGAAGAUUUAGCAGAUAUUUUGGAAGGAACAAGAACUCCGUUACCUAUUAAUGACACGCAAAGUUAUGGUAAUCAUAAUGGAUGCACGAAAGAAAGCAAUGUAGAGGAAACUACUUUUAUUCCAACUGCAGAAGGACCACAAGGCGACUUUUUUCGUAAUAUACAAGUAUUAGAGGAACCACUACAAAUUUUAGUACAGAAAGCUACAAAAUUCUUAGAUGGGCCUGAAUAUGAAAAUGUUCAAACAUAUCCAAUGCGUAGCAAACCUCGUGGACUGGUGUUAAUAAUAACAAAUAUUGAUUACAAACAUCCAGAUAGAGAAGAUAGAAAUUCGGCUAUAUAUGAUGAAUCAAACUUGAAACAACUUUUUAGACAAAUGGGUUUUGAAGUUUUUUCUUAUUGCAAUCUAACAGCACAGAAAAUAUUAGACAGAAUUAAAGAAUUUUCUCAACGUAAAGAGUUACGCAAAGUUGAUUCUUGUUUUGUUAUAAUAAGUAGUCAUGGUAAUAUUAAUACACAGUAUGAAGUCACAGAAAUAGAAGGUGUAGAAGAGCAUAUGCAAGACAAAGUGCAAAAUCGAAAAACUGUUUUAUGUACUGAUAUUUUGAGUUAUUUCACUGCAGAAGCUUGUCCCCACCUUGCAGGGAAACCAAAGAUUUUCAUUUUUCAAUUAUGUAGAGGAAAGAAAAAACAAAAAUCAGUAAAAGAACCUAGACAUACAACAGAUACAUCUAACUUUCAACAUUCCUCUGAUGAAAUUACUAAUGUUAAAAGAAAUGGUAGGGAGACACUGAGAUGUUACGAAGAUAUGUUACUUGCAUAUGCUACCCUUCCAGGAUAUGUUGCCUUCAGAGACAAAAUAACUGGUAGUUGGUUCAUACAAAUUUUGUGUGAAGUAUUUAUGAAAUAUGCUCAUAAAGCUCAUCUUCAGGAUUUAUUAAACAUGGUUGAUGAGAGAUUAAAAAUACAAAGAACUAAUGGAGGAGACUGUCAGACAUUAACGAUAACACUGAUUGGAUUCAAUAAACAUUGUUAUCUUAAUCCUGGUCUUUUUGAACAGAUAUGAUCUGCCAUUGAAACUUGCCAUUGAACAGAAUGCAUAAUCUAUAUAUAUACAUAUAUUGUAUAUAUAGAUU